AUGUCUGAACAUAAACUCUAAACUGAAUGUUCAGAAGGGGUAAUGGAGAGUAAAUGUAUUUUGCUGAUAUUGUCAGCUGCUGGGACUUCCUCUAUCCAUGUUUCUAAGAGUAUAAAAUGGGCCAAACACUGUGGGUCUGCUGUUCACCUACGGUCACUCUCCACAAGACAGAGUGGAGAAGAUCUCGUGAUCAUCUGAGCAGCCGGUAGAGAAGAGCAGGGCAGAAUGGAGAUGACUGAGGGCAUCUAUCGACAAUUAGACCCUGAUGGAGUCAACAGACCCUCUAUGGAUAAACAUGAAGAAACAGACACUGGCGAGUUUCCCUGCGAGACUUCUUCCAGAGAGAAUUUGGAAGCCCCAAGUCCUCAACCCUCUGGGCCCUGGAAGAGGGCUGCUGUGUGUCUGGGUCUGCUGUGUGCUCUCCUGCUGUCUGCCAUCGCACUUCUCAGUUUCAGAAUGAUGGAGAACAAACAGUUACAGACCAGCUACAAAGAGAAAUUACAGAUGCAGUCAGGUUACAACAACAUGACCAUAGAAUACAAACAGCUACAGAUUACUUACAACAACCUCAAAACAGAGAAAUCCCAACUGCAGACCAGUUACAGCAAUCUCAACAAAAGCAUUACCAGCGAGAAAUCCACAUCACAAAAUAAAUGGCAUGAUCUGAACAGAGAGAAUUCCCAGUUAAAAUCCAGCUACACCAACCUGAAUAGAGAGAAAUCAGAGUUGCAGGCCAGUUACAACAGUCUGAAUCAAGAAAGGUCCCAGUUACUGGACAGAUAUAACAACUUGACAAAUGGAAAUACCAAUUUACAGACCAGUUAUAACAACAUGAAUAGAGAGAAAUCCCAGUUAGAAACCAGUUACAACAACCUGAGUAGAGACAAAUCCCAGUUGCUGGAUAGUUACAACAGUCUGAAUCAAGGAAGAUCUCAGUUACAGGAAAAAUAUAACAAACUCAACAGAGAAAAAUCCCAAUUUGUAGAGAGUUACGACAACCUGAGUCAGGAUAAAAUCCAGUUACAGGCAAAUUACACCAACCUGACAAAAUACCAUGAUCAACUGCAGACCAGUUACAGCAAUCUUAGCAGAGAGAAACUCCAGUUGCAGAGUACCUAUGAUAGCCUCAGUGGAGAGAAAUCAGAAUUGCAAACCAGGAAUGACCGUUUACAGAGCAGUUACAAUAACCUCCUCAGGGAGAAAUCACAAGUGCAAACAGGAUACAACAACCUAACCAAAGAGAAUUCCCAAUUAGUGGACAGAUAUAACAACCUGAAUACAGAGAAGACUCAGUUACAGACCAGUCACAACAACAUUACCAGAGAGAAAUCCACAUUACAGACUAAAUGGGACGAUCUGAACAGAGAGAAUUCCCGGUUAAAUUUCAGCUACACCAACCUGAAUAGAGAGAAAUCAGAGUUGCAGGCCAGUUACAACAGUCUGAAUCAAGAAAGGUCCCAGUUACUGGACAGAUAUAACAACUUGACAAAUGGGAAUACCUAUUUACAGACCAGUUAUAACAACCUGAAUAGAGAGAAAUCCCAGUUACAGACCAAUUAUAACAACAUGAAUAGAGAGAAAUCCCAGUUACAGACCAGUAACAACAACCUGAAUAGAGAUAAAUCCCAGUUAGAAACCAGUUAUAACAACCUGAUUGGAGAGAAGUUGCAGUUAGAGGCCAGUAACAACAACCUGACUAAAGAGAAAUCCCAGUUACAGACCAGUUACAACAACCUGAAUAGAGAUAAAUCCCAGUUAGAAACCAGCUAUAACAACCUGAAUAGAGUGAAAUCCCAGUUACAGACCAGUUAUAACAACCUGAAUAGAGAGAAAUCCCAGUUGGAAACCAGUAAUAGUAACCUGAAUAAAGAGAAAUCCCAGUUACAGACCAGUUAUAACAACCUGAAUAGGGAGAAAUCCCAGUUACAGACCAGUUACAACAACCUCAAUAGAGAGAAAUCCCAGUUGCAGGACAAAUUCCACACCAUGGCUGCCGAGAAGGAUAAACUACAGAAGAGACUUUGUAACCUGAGAAUGGAGAUUACAAAGUAUGCAGGAAUGGAGAUUACAAAGUAUGCAGUGGAUGUGACUCUGGAUCCUGAUACAGCUGAAAACAACCUCAUCCUGUCUGCUGAUGGGAAACAAGUGAGGCAUGUCGACUCACCACAGAAUCUCCCUGACAACCUCAAGCGCUUUGACCCCGUUGUUUGUGUUCUUGGAAAGCAGGGGUUUACUUCUGGUAGAUUUUACUAUGAGGUUGAGGUCAGUGGGAAGACUGAAUGGGCAUUAGGAGUAGCCAGAGAGUCCAUUAACAGGAAGGGAGGCAUUACCGUGAGUCCUGACAAUGGAUACUGGUCAAUAUGGCUGAGAAAUGGAGAUGAGUAUAAGGCACUUGAUACUCCUCGUAUUCUCCUCUCCCUCAAAGAGAAGCCAGAGAGGGUGGGGGUGUUUGUGGAUUAUGAGGCAGGUUUGGUCUCCUUUUAUGAUGCAGACAGGUGGAAUCUGAUGUACUCUUUCCGGGGUGUCUCCUUCAAGGAGAAAAUCUAUCCAUUUUUUACUCCGUUUACUAGAGAUGGCGGCAAAAACUCAUCUCCUCUCAUUAUCAUCACUCCAAUUCCGUGCCCAAAAUGACUUUUAUUAAUUCUAACUUGCUGGUAUUUUAUUAUGUUUUAUUAUUUUUUACUGCUUUUAUUUAUCACUUUUAAUCGUGCUCUUCUGUUGAAUUUGUAAUAUCUCUACAAUUCUUCCUCUUUUAUUCAUUUUCACUUGCUUUAUUUGUUCAUAUCUUUAAUCACCUUUACUUCUGAUCACAUCUUUUUAUUAAUGUAUUUACGUCAGCUGUAAAGCACUUUGGGACAACUCCUGUUGUUUUUAAAUGUGGUACACAAAUAAAGUUCACUUGACUUGACUUCCAUCCAACAUUCACAUCCACCACUAGGUGGCAGAAAUUCACCCAAUUUCAUCUAAUUUUCACUGUCAUAAGAAUGUCAUCCAAAAUGCAGAGUUCUGUAUUUGAUUGAAUAUUCCAAAAAUAAACUACUCUCAUAGGUGAAAGAAAGUAAGUGCUGGAUAAAUUGUACUCUACACUGACAUUAAAUAAGGAUGAACUAGGCAAUGGGACUAAAGUAUAGCAACACGUGAUUGUUCUUCUUCCUCCAUACGUGUUUCUAAGAGUGCAAAAUGUGUCAAAUGGUGUGGGUCUGAAUUACGCUGACCGUGUCAAACAAAAGCCCCUGAUCAAUGGGUCAGUCAAGUGCCAAACCUUAUGAAAUGAUGUCCAUGUUAGCUUAAUUAAUCCCAUUUUUAUAUAAUUACAUGUUCUUUUUUUCCAUAUGUUAAAUGUAAACACUUACAAUGUACAGGUUUUUUAUGCCGUUUAAAUUUGUAAUUAAAAUUGAAUAUACCUUUUCAA